AUGAAGGCCUGGGGAGCUUACAAGGCUGUCGCCUUGCUGCUGACUGCCCUCUGUACGACGCCACUGGCUGUCCAAGCCAAGGACGACCCAAACAUCGCCGUCAAGGAAUUCCCACACUACCCUCAGAACCUCAACUACUUCGACCAGUCCGAUAUAAUCCUCUUCCAAGACAUCAGCGACCAGAAUGUAUACCAGUCCAAUGACGGCGGCAAGACAUGGGACCGCGUGUCCGAUGUCCCCGAGGGCAAGGCCUUUGCCCUCGUCAUGCACGAGUUCAGCAAAGAGCGGGCCUACAUCCUGACCGAGGGCGUGACACACUACAUGACCCUCGACCGUGGCAAGACCUGGAAGACAUUCUUCACCGAUGCCGAGAUGAGCAUAUUCCGAGGCGAGAUCUUCAACUUCCACGCCAGCGACCCCGACCGCAUUAUAUUCAAUGGCAUGGACUGCCAGAGCAUCUUCUGUGACGAGAUAGCAAUGUACACGACAGAUGGCUUCAGGAGCGACGCCAAGUUCCUCCGCGGCAAUACCGCAGGGUGCUGGUGGGCAAAGUCCUCGGAUCUGUUCACAACAGGCCAGGAGGAUCUGGACAAGCAGCGCAUCCUGUGCGCCGUGAGGGACUCCUUCUCCCCGCUGAGAUCAGAUACCCGCCUGCUCAUCUCGGACAACUUCUUCUCUGCCAAGGACUCCAAGGGCGCGAUACAGGAAUUCGAGCCGAACCUGGACACCAACAGGCCCGUACAGGGCAUUGUGAAUGUCGCUGCCGUCAAGAAGUUCCUCCUGGUCGCCACAACUUCCCUCAACACGGACGAGAUGGCAUUGUUUGUCACCGACGACACGCUCAAGUGGCACCGGGCCAUGUUCCCUACAGACCACCGCAUCGAUCAAGAGGCGUAUACCGUGUUGGAGAGCACAAAUUACAGCAUCCAGGUUGAUGUCAUGACCACGCGCCCGUCCAACCCCAUGGGUGUCAUGUUCACGAGCAACUCCAACGGCACGUUCUUCACUCGCAACAUUGAGCACACAAAUCGUAACAUGAUGGGCCAUGUCGACUUUGAGAAGAUCGCCGGUAUACAGGGAAUAUUCUUGGUCAACAAGGUGGACAACUACGAUGAGGUGGAGAAGAGCUUCUUGGCCGAGAAGAAGAUCAUUUCGGAGAUUACCCAUGACGAUGGGCGAACCUUUGAUUACGUCCAGACGCACGACGCUGGCGACAGGAUCCAUCUGCACUCCGUAACGCAGCUGAUCAACGUUGGCAGGGUCUUCUCAAGUCCGGCCCCUGGGUUGAUCAUGGCCAAUGGCAAUCCCGGAGACUACCUGAAGCCUUAUUCCGAAGCAAAGCUGUACAUCUCCGACGAUGCCGGCAUGCAUUGGUUGGAGGGACCUUUCGGGCCACACAAGUACGAGUUCGGUGAUCAGGGUAACAUUUUGGUGGCAAUCCACGACUCUAACAAGGAUGACGUCGGUGAAUUCAAGUACUCGCUUAACCACGGAAAGGACUGGAAGACCGUCGACCUACCGAACGGUCUCAAGAUCAAGCCCUGGGUUCUGACAACGACCCCUGAUUCCACGAGUCUCAAAUUCAUCCUCACUGGUCAGACUGGCGACGAUGAUAAUCCCAAGUUCCACGUUAUUUCCAUCGACUUUGAGGGUCUGCACGAGCGUACCUGUGAGAAAGGGGAUAUGGAGGACUGGUGGGCUAGGGUGGAUAAAGAUGGCAAGCCUACGUGUCUCAUGGGCCACACGCAGAAGUACACGCGCAGAAAGAAGGACGCCGACUGCUUUAUGAAACAGGAAUUCCACCUGGUCACGGUCGAGACGACCGACUGUGACUGCACCGAUGACGACUUUGAAUGCGACUACAACUUCCGCAGGAAGGAUGGGCAGUGUGAGGCCGCCGGCCCGGUCAUCGCACCAGAUGGCGCUUGCAAGAAUGCAGGCCCGGACGAUACCUUCAAGGGCUCGUCGGGGUGGCGUUUGAUCCCCGGAAAUACGUGCAAGAGGACGUCUGGCAAGCAGAAGGACGACCCGGUGGAGCGCAAGUGUGGCGAAUCGCAGUCUCCGCCCAAGGCUCCCGGCAGCGGCAAGGUCGAGGCGUCACAGUACGUCUUCAAGAACUCCAGAGAUGUCGAGAAGCUUUAUCUUGAGCGCGGCGAGUCGAGCUCUUCGGACGACGAGACCAUCAUCGCAAGAGCUGACGGAAAGAUCAUGAUUACUCAUGACGCCGGCAAGACCUGGAAGGAGCCCGAUGCCUUGAAAAGCCAGUACUGGAGGAUCGUUCCGCAUACAUUCUUCAAGGAUAUGGCCUUUUUCAUCAAGACAGAUGGAAAGGUUACCUACACGAUUAACAGAGGUAGUACCUUCGAUGAAUUCGAGGCGCCCACGAAGCCCAACCCGAAGUCUCGGUACUCGCCACUUUCGUUCCACCCCGACAAGAGAGACUGGAUCAUCUGGGUCGGCCAAAAGUGCACAUCCGACGGCGACAACUGCUACGAUGAGGCCUCGCUCUCCAAGGAUCGUGGUGAUAACUGGAAGACCAUCAUGCGCUAUGUUAACCGGUGCGAGUUCACCGGAUCCAGCGCUUUCAGAUUCCGCAAGAACGACCAGAUCAUCUGCAGGGCCAGGCAGCGGGAAGACAGCGACGUUAACGACAAUCCCUGGGUCCUUGUUGGCAGCAACGACUUCUUCGAUACCAAGAAGGUGCUCCAAGAUGAUGUCAAGGACUUCGCGACCAUGUCGGAGUUUAUCGUUGUGGCAACCCAGAACACCACCAAGAACACCCUCCGGGCUCUCACCAGUCUCGACGGCGAAACAUAUGCCGAGGCACACUUCCCCUACAACUUCGAGGUCCCUCACCAGCACGCAUACACCGUUCUCGACAGCUCCACUCACGCCAUCAACCUGUUUGUGGCCACCGAGACGUCAGAUGACGUACAACACGGAGACAUCAUGAAGAGUAACUCGAACGGCACCUCUUACGUCAUGUCCAUCUCGGGUGUCAAUUGUGACAAGAAUUACUUUGUGGACUUUGAGAAGAUGCUGGGCCUCGAGGGCGUCACGAUGGUCAACAUCUACGCAAAUCGGGACAAGAAGAAUGAGCCAAAGAAGCUUCGCACUCAGAUCAGUCAUAACGAUGGCGCUGAGUGGGCUUACCUGCCGCCUCCUGACAGGGAUUCUGAGGACAAGAAGUUUGACUGCAGUGGUAAGGGCGAUGAGAAGUGUGCUCUGCACAUCCAUGGCUACACCGAACGCAGGGACCACCGCAAGACAUUCUCAUCCGCUGGAGCCGUUGGCCUCAUGUUUGGCUGGGGCAAUGUUGGUCCGUACCUGGGCAAGCUCGAGGAGUCCGACACGUACAUGACCACCGACGCCGGCAUCAGCUGGAAACAAGUCAGGAAAGGCCGCUGGCUUUGGCAGUAUGGAGACCAGGGCUCUACUAUUGUAAUAGUGCCACUGGAGAAGAAGACGAAAACUGCAUCGUACACCAUGGACGAGGGUAAGACGUGGACCGACUUCGAGUUUGCUCAAGAUGAGAGGAAGGUCAUCGAUUUCACCACACAAGCAUCUGGCGUCUCGCGGAAGUUCGUUGUGUGGACAGAGGACGGCGACGACACCCAAGCUACGACCCUCGACUUCACGGGAUUGGCUGAUCGGCCGUGCGAGCAAAAGGACGACCCUGCAGAGUCCGACUACCGCAUCUGGUCGCCCAACCACCCACUCCAGGGCGACGACUGCCUCUUCGGGCAUGUGACGCAGUACAUGCGCAAGAAAGUAGACAAGCAGUGUUACAACGGGUACAGGAUACAGCACGUCUACAACGUCCAGAACUGCACCUGCAGUCGACGGGACUACGAAUGCGACUACAAUUACGAGCUUGACAACCACGGCUCGUGCCAACUGGUCAAGGGCCUCCAGCCAGUUGACCAUAUCCAGUGGUGCAAGGAUGACCCGUCCCGAGAAGUAUACUAUGAACCAACAGGCUAUCGCAAGAUCCCCCUGUCGACGUGCCAAGACGGCAUGGAAUUUGACAAGCAGGCCCCCCAGCACAUCUGCCCAGGAAAAGAGGACGAGUAUGCAAAGAAGCACCGCAUCUCAGGCGUGGGGCUGUUCUUCGCCAUCACGGUCCCCUUCGCGGUGGCCGCGGCGGCCGGGUGGUACGUGUACACCAACUAUAGCCACAAAUUCGGCCAGAUCAGGCUGGGCGAGCCGUCCAACGCUUCCCCGGCGGGGUUCGGCGGCGGGGCAUUCGACUCGGACUCGCCCUGGGUGCGGUACCCAGUCGUUGCGGUCAGCGCGGCGGCUGCUGUGGCAGGCGCGGUGCCGCUGGUCGUCGUGGCGGUGUGGAGGGCCGGCGUCGCGGCCUUCGACAGGUGGCGUUAUGGAAGCGGCGUCGGCGGUGGCUGGAGCAGUCUCAACGGCGGCGGCGGCGGUAGGAACAGGCCAUUCACGACCCGGGACAGCUUCGCGCGCGGGAGGGGCGACUACGCCCACGUCGACGACGACGAGGGGGAGUUACUUGGGGAGGACAGUGAUGAGGAGGUAUAG